AUGUAUACCCUGACCACCAUUCCACUCGAGCAAGUGCUGAUGGAGAUCAAAGACCAAAGGUUGCUUAAGUGGCCGGAGAGGAUGAAAGCCCCGUCAACUAAACGAAGUAAAGGCCGAUAUUGCCUUUUCCACCGGGAUCACGACCAUGCAACUCAGGAUUGUUUUGAUCUCAAGGAAGAGGUGGAAGGGCUAAUCCGAAGGGGCUACCUCAAAGAAGAGAGAAUCUGGGAGAAAAAGAAGGCAGAUGUGCGAGAAGCUAGGGCGAACCGCGAACAAAAUGAGGUCUACCACGCGUAUAUUACAGACCGACCGGUGACGAUCGAGUUUUCAGAGGACGAGGCGACUCAACUCUUCCACUCUCAUAACGAUGCACUGGUUAUCACUUUGAAGAUAGCAAAUGUGAAAGUACAUCGAAUUUUGGUGGAUGGGGGCAGCUCGGCGGAUAUCAUCUCCUGGACAGCCUAUAAAGCUAUGGAUCUAGAAGAAAAGGUGCUCAAGAGCAGCCCAGCACCGUUGGUAGGAUUUGGAGGGGAACGUGUCAUUUCCGAAGGGAGGAUAGAAUUACCUGUAACGUUCGGAAGCGGGCCGAAAGGUGUCACCAAGAUGGUGGACUUUUUGGUCGUUAACUACACAUCCUCCUACAACGAAAUAUUAGGAAGACUGACAAUGCAUAUGCUCAAAGUGAUACCAUCCACAUACCACCAGUCCAUGAAGUUCCCAACACCAGGUGGAGUARAAGAGAUUAAAGGAGAACAACGAGUGUCGCGGGAAUGCUACUAUACCUCAAUGAGGGGCAACGACAGGACUUCUACUAAGGGGGGCUGUUGA